CGAUGAUGACCUGCAAGAGCAUCCAUUAUUUCGAUAUAACUGUCCUUCUCUCUGAAGCAACAGUUGAGUAGUUGACAACUAAGUACCACCUUAGCGAAGCACUUCUAGAAACCAGAGAAUAAAAGGGAGCUCUAGUUGACACUUCUAGAAACCAAAGAGCAAAAGGAAGAGAAUGGAUCGUGAGAUGUUAAAGCAGGCCCUUGCGCGCAUCGCGCAGCCGAAGGCUAUGGUUGCAAAGCUGUGGGACGGCGAAAGAUUUGGAAAAAGCACAGUGAAAGUCCUAUGCGUGGACUCCGAAAAGCUUGAAUGCUUGCAGUUUAGCGAUGCCUGGGUAGUUGGACUUUGAGGAUUUAGGGUUAAGACACUGGAAUUGUUAUUGUAGCUGCAAGGAUCUCGAUCGUCAUCUUUUUUUCCAUCUGAUGCCAUCUUCCUUGUCUACAACAGGUAAGCGCGAAUGACGACGUUCAAGUCGGUGGGCAAGAGAGCGUCGAGAUAGCCUCUUUGGCAGGCAUCAGUAAGGGCGCUGGGAAUGCCUUGGUGCUUGAAGGGGUGAUGGAGUUACAAUGUGAAAGCGCUGAAGAGCUUGAGCAAUGGUUUACGGCCCUCACAGUCCUGAAAAAAGUAGCAUCUGUGGCGAUUCCUGGUCAGAAAUUUUUUCUCUUAUUCUUUAUGAUGGCGCGUCAAGCCUAUACGCUUACCUUGCCGGCGCAGGUGAGCUAACUCCUAUCCUACCCUACACGCUGCAGCGCAAAUGCAUGAGGCAUGACGCGACUGAGCGCUGCGCGAUGGCUGCGGGCAGCUGGCUAAAAUUCCAUCCUCACAGGCAUCUUGGUCCCGUUUCUCAAGGGAAAAAAGACGGAAGAUGCCGCUGAAGAUGGAUUUCUUCUAGCCUUAACAGUACUAGUAGUGAGAUAUACCACUUCCUCCACUACUAGUACACGGCGAGUGGAGGAAGUGGUAUAUCUCACUACUAGUAGACUGGCACAGCUAUACUGCCUAGCCUCGCCCUUUUGGUUACCAAGUUCAUUUGCGGCGCUUUGCACGGGGGCCCGCGCGCUUGGUGAAGGGUGUCACACCUCGCCCUUUGUCUGGUAGAAGACGAUGGCGCAAGCUGUGCGCAGGCUAUCGUUAGGAGGUUUCUUAGUUUUUUCCUGGAAGACGAAGAUAGAAUUAGAAAGUAGAUGUUUGCUGCUGUUCUUUUUGAUUUAGUUUUAUGAUGUAGGUUUUGGCUGUGACUCGUGUGGCCACUGAGCUCUCUAGUAGGUCUAGCUACAACUCUAAGUUGUGGCUAGACAAAAUUAGAAUUUGGAAUGAAAAGACAAACCAAAACAAAAACCCAAGGUCCUCCCGCAGCGACAAAAGCAGUCAAAGAUGAUGUACAGUCACAGAUUGACGCGUUACAAAAUAAACUGGAUACGAGUUACGGUGCCAUGCUGAAGGAGCUUGAGUUACGAACUGCACUCGAGUGACCAUCUGUUCUUCCAAGAUCAGGCCUGCUUCUACAACCAAGACUCCACUGGAGUGAGUGAGAUGAGGAUGACAAUGUUUAGUCAUAUUGAUCUCCUAGUACUCCUUGUUUUUGCUGCGUCUAACCCUUGGCACCAGUGUAGCCAGCUCACCGGAAAAGGGCCUGACUGGGGACCUUACAGAUUCAGAGCUCGACGCCAAAUUGUUUGCCAUGCUUGCGGAAGAAGGCAAGAGAGGGGGAGAAGAUUCAGCAAAUGAUGUUAUGAUUCUCGUAAGCUCAUGACUCAGAUCCAGAAUGGAACCCAUAAGAACCUCGUCAAUGAACACAAGGAUUUAAGACUAAGAUGUCAACAGACUCAGAACCCAUUUACUACAUCUAUUAACCUCGGAAAAAAGAAUGAAAUCUUCAACAACAGUUUAUAGUCUUCCCAACCUUCUUCAUCCUGUCCCUGUUUCUGCUGUGCCUGAUCCCCCCCCCUCCCUUGAUCUAAUCCCAAGGAGCAAGAAGUUGGGAAAGCACGCGCUCUUGCCAGAGUCGUUUUGACCGAAAACAGAAGGCUGCAGAUGGAACUAGCUGCCGAACGACAGGUGUCGGCGAAGAAGGAUGAACAAGUGAGUCUCCUGUCAAAGCGACUGGAGCAUGCGCUGCAGAUGUUGAAGUCUGUGCAUGCUAUGUACGAGCAGCAAUCCAACGUGAUAUCAGCGCAAGAAAGCGUUAUUUAAGGCUCAGCUUUCAAUGGUCAUUGGGGUUGGUCACUGAGAUCCCUCUUGAGAGAACAGGGAAAAAUGAAGGAAAAGCAAAGGGAGAGGCAUGGGGCCCAUUUCUUUCAGAGUCAGUGGCCAUUGAGUGCUGAGCUUUAAGUUAUCCAGGAGAUGGAUUCAGCCAACAAGGCCAUUCAAAUGGCAGCAAUGCAGAUGAGGGAACUCAUAUUGAAAUCGAAAGACCAAAAAUCGUUGGCGAGUGCGCGAGGUGGAGGUGUGGCGAGAGGAGGAGGCGCUAGUCAAGGUACUACUGCUUGUUGUACAGGAGGUACGAUAUUAAAUUGAGUAGGUUAUUCUUAUUGAAUCGUCAUUUUAGUUCGAUUGUCGUGAUUAAGAUUUGGAAAAAUGUCCCUUUCACGACAAGCACCAUAUUGAAUACUGGGUGCUGUAAAGGUAAACAUGAUCAACAAGGUUAUUCGUCCUGAUGCUAGAAAUUGUGCUAUUAUUGUGAACGUCAACGUCGUCAACUAGGGACCAAAACAAACCCCUUCCAGGUGGAACGCCAGUCAACACCGGACCUACCAGUUUCAAGAAACCUGCGACGGCUCCUAGUACUCCAGCUGCUACGAGAAUCGCUAAUUCGGAUGCAGUCAGGGACAGUGCACUAGAGAUGCUCAAGAAGAUCUAUCCGGCAGACAAGGCUGCCGAAUUACUUGCGGCAUUGAACGCGAAAAAGGAGGCUGCGAGUUUUAAGGCUUGCUCUAAUCAGACUUCUUAAUAAGAACCAAGAAGAAUCCGUAUGCGCCUCCUGAAGAUAAUAUCUUUGUGAUCUCACUAUAUUUCUCAAAAUUCUAGGCUCGACACGCUUAUUAGAAGCACGGCGAACUUGAACUUGAUGAGCGAGUUGUUGUUUCAUAAAUAGAAGGAGAAAGAGGCAUUACCGUCACUCAGGAUGUAUCUUCACGAGAACAAGAUGGAUCUUAACUAGGAUAACAAGCUCUAAGACUUCCAGACCAACAACAGCAACUGCAUCUACUGUUGCUUCAAAAUCAAGCGAACCAGCAGCAGCAGCAGCAUCUGCUUCACGGACACCCACGUCUGCGAAAUUGGCUCAAUUACUCAUGUCAGAACGCCUCAGGAGUUUCGAGCCGCCGACACGUGGGGUUGGCUCUGCACAAGAGGUUUUAUCAACAAGCAAAUCGCCUUUGCAGCAGCCGAAGACUGGAGGAAGUGCUGGCGUGGUUAUGACGGUUUCAUUAGAAUCGCACCUACUAGCACUACUUCUACGAGGAAGGUCAACUUCUAAUCCUCGGGAUGAUGGACUAGAACUUGAUUAGGACUUGUAGUAUCAAGUUCUAAUCCAUCAUCUCGAGGAAGGUCAAAAAAAUCCCACUACUAGUGGUCGUGUUCUCACCAGAGCAAAAGGAGAGCGAGGGAUGAAAGGAGAGCGAGGGAUGUAUCCUGGUCCUUUCAUCUCCAUUUCCAGGAUACAUCCCUCGCCCUCCUUUCAUACCUCCACGGUCUGGUUGACGACAUGUCGGAUGAGGAUUAGGAGUGCCUCUAGUAGAACACCCACCGUGGUCUGGAAGGGUCGUCACCUUGUAGUAUCAAGUUCUAACCCAUCAUCCCGAGGAACAUCUACCCGACCGGCGAGUGGCCUCAGCGGGUUAGGAUCUAGCGCGCUCUUUCACCCAGAGAUGGCGGAGAAGAACUUGAGGUCGAUGGACGAUGCGACACUUGAUUCAACCAUGUCGGAGAUGACGGUAACUAACUACAGGAGCUCCAGCUUCAUGGUGCUAAAGAACUAAAAAGAUCCAGACCACACGUUAACCUUUUAACUAUGAAAAUCACUUGUGAUAUGAUGAAGAAGAUGAAUCUUGUUCUGGUGUCGACUCCUGCCACAAUCCUCACGACUCCUGUCCUUCACAAAAAAACCUCUCAGGGCCUCAUGCAAAAGAUCGAGAUGAUGAAGAACCUCCUUGGCGCUGGUGGAUAUGAGGACGAGUUAGCAGGUGAUAGUCCUCAGGAGGUUGGUAAAUCCGAUUUGCCACCAGACGAAGAGGAUUCUGAGGAUGAUGCAGAAGACAGCCCAGAUCUCCGCGAAUUAGAAGGGAAAAUACCGGAGGAAGCGGCAAAGGUAUUAUGUAUGAGAAUUAUGUACUAUUUUGAGAUAGUUUGUUUUUCUCAGAUGGUAGCUAGGUUGACAACCGAGAAAAAAUGAUGGCAAAGGCCUCUUCAAGAUUGACAAUGGAUGGUAGUUAGUUUCUGAAAAUGUUAUCUCAAUUUCAAGCUCUUCCACCUCCAUCUUCCUCGCCACCCCCAGAUCCUCCAUUCGAAGCUGCGCGAAUCCGAUGAGCAAAUGGAGACUUAUCUCAAGGAUUUGCACGACUUAGAAUCCGAAAAAUUGGAGAUGGAGCAACAACUUUUAGCAGCGCAGACGCAGCAAGAAGAGAUGCUCUCUCGCAUGAAUGAGAUGAAGAAGAUGAUGACUAUGUUCCAAUCUUUACCCAAAGUCAACGCGGGGGGUGCGGCGGCUGCUGCGGCAUAAGGCGAUUAGGUUCAUCUGGGGGAGGAGAUCGAGAUAUCAAGUUGCUAAGAUAUGAAUUCUUAUCAGAUUCAGGGUACCGACCACGAUCACUCAUGGUACAGUUCAAGUUGUCACAUAUUUUUGGUCUUAUCAUCAUCUAACAGUAGCCCUAGCAUGUGGUUUCACCCUCAUCUUAAUACUGAGUCCUAUGAUAUUGAGUCCUGGUUGAUAGAAUCGUGUGAGCACGAUUAUCGAUUUUCCAUACUAGCGAUAAAAAGGUAGGGUAGGGAUAUCUUUUCUCCAUUCAUGGUGUUCAUCAAAGUAGAGAAUUUUUUUUUUUUUUUUGUAUGCCAAGACCGCCGGAGGGGUGAUCCUAGUUUUUACCAGUUCGCAAACCGGCGACAGGUGGAGUCCGGUUACCUCCUUAUAUCAAUGUGCACUAAUUGCCUACGAACCCGCCGAUUAUAAACUGAUGAACCCUAGGGGUGAAGGAGGUAAGUUAAAAGUCUUAUAUAAACCUCCACCGGCUGCCAACCGUCCCACGCUUAUACGCCUACCUUCAAGGCACGAGCGCAGGGGAUGCCAACCCUGCUAACUCUUGACUAAUGCGCAAUCAACUGACGAGUGAAAAACUAGAAAUAAAUGUCUACUGGCGUAGGGCCUUAAGUACAACGUGUUUUCGUUGUUGGGAGUGUAUUAGCCUAGUUUUUCUUAUCAUCACUGCUUCACGCUCCAUGUCCUUAUGCGUUCCUUUCGUUCCAGCCUCACAUCCUCCUGCCACAGAAAUGAUAUCGCAGUCCGAGCGUUUCGUUAUACCGACGCCACGCAUGAAGCAAAGAUUGAGAGCUGAAAUAGAUAAGAUGCGGCUUGCCUCAUGCUGCCAUCUAGUAAUCAACUGAUUCAACUACCCGCUACCGUGCGUGACCUUCCCGCAUAUAACUUAGAGUAGUGCGCCUUUGAUUCAUGAGCUAUUUUCACUUAACCUGCUGCUUUUUUAUCCUCUCACUUUGCAUGUAAGAGCCGUCUCGUCUCGCCAUUUCAACUUUCUGCUUCCUAUUUUGAGAUCCCUCCGAUUUUUGGUCUUCAGUAUUAAGCACCCAUAUCUUUGCCUCGGGGGCUUCCGUGCAGUAACGUGCCACCCCUCAACCAAGGUUAUGACUUCAUCCUUUUCUAGCCUUCUCUUGUCGUAUCGUCUUGGUAUUAACUGACCGAGGAGUGUAGAGAAGAUAAAAAAGUGGAAGGGGGGGGGGGGGGGAAGAGUUGAAGAGUAAAAUAUGGACCACUAGUGAGUGAGCCUAAUCCAGAAACUGAGUUUGGAUAAGUACGCGCGUUUAGUGCAGCAAAGACAACCGUUAGCAAGAAGAAACAUCAACUCAAAAAAGAAACAAAUCUACCACGUAAGUUCUUGUAGCGUAACGUAUUUAUUUUGAGACAAGAAAGGACUUUAAUGAACUCCUAUCAGGGUAUUCGAAUAGGAGGACAGUCUUCACAUGUCAGCUGUAGCAUUCAACAAACACAAAUCUGGUUAUCACUACUCUUACAGAAGACGGAGCAUAAAAAUUUUCUCUCAACAAGGAAUAAAAAGUAAGGUCCUGACUCCAUUUGCUGCGGCCAUUUUCAUUUCAUCCCAACCAUUUUACCAUCGUGAUUCUUGAUCUUUGAGGGCUUGCUGUUCACUUCCGAGAUCGUUCACCAUCAUAGAUCCUUUCGUCAUUCACAAAUCGCUUGACGUUUUGUUUCUGUUCGGGACACUUCGCGCUCCUUUAGGAUUGCUUUGAUGCUGUUCUUCUCCUGGAUCUAUCCACAUACAGCUUCUGGAAUGUUCGACUUACCAUGUUGAGCUUGCCCUUGAGUUUUCAGUUUUUGUUCAUAAAUUGCGAAGCUCUGUCUUGUUUGUUUUUUCUUGUGUGACUAUUUCCUAAUGUAGCUAUUGUGACUAUAUGCCUAGUUGUCGUGUUUGUAAGAAGCACACUACAGAUUUAAACAAAGUAUGAGUGAAUGUUGGAUAAUCAAUGUGCUUGAACGUACGUUACGGAGAGAAAAUAAAUAACAAUAUAAACUGUAGAACUAUACGCACCCACCUUCGGCUCCUGGUCUUCGCUGCUUUAGUUGUAAUUUGUCGGAUUUUUAAAUAAGUACGGAAGGUCUUGACUCGACCGCGGACCUAAUGUUCAGUGUCUUUAUUGAUUUUAUCAGAAUGCUUACGCUUACGUCAUUCUUUGCUGGUUUUGAUAUACUACUACUUACUUACAUUAACCGGGAAGAUAACCAACUUACUCGAAGGAAAUAAUAGUCAACUUGUCUAACUUACUACAAACUGUUACUUUAAUGCAGACCCAAAAUGUAGUUGCGUCAUAAUUAAUGAAUAUCCGUUCAGUAGUCAACUACCUCGUAAGCUGAAUGACUAAACUCAGUCGCCUCUUUGACGAGGGAUAAAAAGCAAUACUCAUUUCCCUUGGUCUUGAACUUUCAUCGCCACGGAGAAGGAAUAAUAAUACUAGUAUCUCAACACCAUCCUUAUCUUAUGUUCUAAUUUUCGUAUUUUUCCCUUUCUAGGGUCCACCUUAAUCAAGUUCCGCACUCUUUGCCCUGCUCAGCUUUGCGCUUUUUCGUUGGAUUGCCCGCUAUCCCUUCGCUAAGGUCGCCUACCCCCGAUGCACUCACUUCCCACUGCUCAAUUCUCUUGUUGAUCAUGUUUCGGAAUCUUUUUACUGGCAUCUCCUCUGUCAUCUCAGUUAGCGUAAUUGGGCACUCGAUUUCCCGUGCCGGCAUCUGCAACAUCUCAUCUCGACCAGCAAUAUCAACCACCUUAGAGGUGACCCGGAUCAGUUUCUUGCUAGAAGUAGAGCAGAGAGACUCACGCGCGUUUGUCUUCAUUUGGAGCCGUUCUAGUAUUGGUUUGGGAAUGUUGUUGUAGAAGAUGCAGACGUUCUUCCCAAUCCGCUUCUCAUUUUCCCAGAUUAGUGUCUCGACCGGGGAUCCUUUUAGCAUCCAUAGUUGUAACCCAUCAACAGCUAUGCGCCGAGUCUUCUUGUACAUGUUGAUUUCAGCUAAAAGCUCCCCCAUGAUGUGCGUGUCCUCCAGCACAGCAGCCACUGCAUACGCAUACGCUUCCUCUUCAUUUUUAGCGUGUGUAGAGCUACAUCUAGUGCUGUGGUCGUCAACUCGCACCUCAGCCACUAUAGCGCCACUGCAAAACUUGACGGCUCGCGCUCCCCCGUCGGUCCGUAGUAUAACCAUACUGGUGCCAUCGUCGAUCUUGUUAGUGCAUACCACUGACUUUGGAGGUAGUACAUCCGACGCAAGCAGAAACUGCCUUCCUAGAUGUGCUCCGGCAAAUACCUGCGUCAAGACGUGUGGCGGCGCAUCCACCGCCGAGCUUGCCGAAGCUUCACUACUGCCACUGGCCGGCUUCAGCUUCGACUUCGUUUUACCUGAUAGUAUUUUGAAAAACAUCCUAUCGCCUUUGUCAAUCUCUUCGAAGAUGGUGCUCGCCUCUGGUUUGAAGUGUUUCAUCUGGACACUUGGCAGCAUCAUUAGGAAGUUGAUGAGCGUGCAGUUCCCUGUAGUCGCUGUCCACUUCGCCGCGGCACGUCGGCAGCAUUUUGCUGCCAAUAGGAUCGGCUCGACUAGCGACAAAAACGAGGUGGAAAAAGCUAGUAUGAACAAGUCCUUUUUGUGGAUCUUGUUCUUCGUCCGAAGCAUGUUUAUCGCUUCCGGGCGUAGCCCAAUGGAGUCAGCCAUUGCAUCCCAUAGUUCCCUGUGGAAUGCAUCCCACUUUUCUGCACUCCAUACUAGCAGUGCCGCUGAGAGUAAGUCGAUCACCGGCUGGAUGUAAGCCCACAGCAGCAAGUAUCGGAGGACAGGCCCCGAUAUGCGCCACUUUCUAGCCAUCAGCACCCGGAUGAUCUUGACAUGGGCAAACUUUAAUCUACGAAAGAUCAUUGCCCAGAUACUAUCUGCUAGACAUGAGCUGGACGAUAUCGGGUAGCCCAGAAGCAGCGCCUCGCUCGCGAUCGUCGGCACGCAGUUGAAUGGGGUCAUAUUCUUCAUGAUGAUCCUUUUCACUUUUUCUCUGCACGCACUUCGCUGCUCUGGUGUAGCACCCAAAACUUGAGCUAGAACCGGCGCGAAGUUUGCCGCAGCUCGGUAGUCUUGUUUUUCUACUACCAUACACUCGAGCUUCUGGGCCGCCAAGUACUGCCUAUUCCUCACGAAUAGAUCUUCGACCAAGGUCUUGAGGGUUGUCAUGAUGAUGGUGACUGUGCCGUUCUCAGCAUCGACUUGCCUGUAGCGGAAGGAAGUGCUCUGAUCGUCUACGUAUGCUACCACGACACUGCCUGUGUAGACUACAAGCCGCAUCUUAGUUCCAGAGACCUCGGGGUAGAAGCCGAGUCCUCUAUUAUUCACCGCGUCGACCGUUGGUGGCCCAAUGCGCGUAAUGCCGUAAGCUUGUGCUUGUGCCUCAACAAAGUACUUGUCCCAAGUGUCCUCCCAGAAUUUGUAAUCUUUCCACUUUUCCGGCGCAGUGAUGGGCGUGUCCUCUAGAUCUUGUAGCGCCGCAGCUCUCGCCGCUGCCACGCGUGUUGCAUCUAGCUGGGAGCCAUCUUCUGCGUAGCAAUUCUGCAAGAAAUUACGCACACGCUUGAUAGAGUCCGUGAUCGCCACCAUUCCAGUAAGCAUUACUUCAAUACUGCCUUGGAUUCCGUCCUUGUGGCUACCUAACUGUAUGAGAAAGCGGCCAUUCCUCAGGUACAACUUCUUUACUCUAUUCGCCCGCUGGAAGAAGUAGACUAUGGUAGGGUGUACUUUCGAUGCUACUAACUGGGUAGAAGUAUCUACUUCGAGAAGACAGUUGAAGAAGUUCGUGAUGUCGGUCUCCACUAAGCACCAGCAUUCAUCUGAUUUUAGUGCUAGUAUUUGUUGCGCCCACAUCAUGUAGGCCACUAUCCUACCAAUGCCGGGCCUUCCACCAAGAGCGACGUCAUCCAUGAGAUUCGCUUCUUGUGCGCCUGCUAUCGCCGCGACGCCUAGCACCGCUGCCGUAAUUCUGAACGACGGGGAACCUCGUAUGAUUGUUCUCAGCUUUUUUAUCAAAUGCACCUGGUUCGACUUCCUCAGGAUUUCGAUUAGCUGGGCCAACCACUCACCUUCCAACACACGUCCGCAGUGCGCAAUUGGUUCCUGCUCAAGUUGUGAUAGAUCACUGUUUAUUGCCAUACGGAAGGCUUCUAGCAAGGGGGCAGAUAAGGCCUUAAAGGCCUUAAGUCUAACGCCUAGUAUCCCACGCAGUUCAGCACUCCCUUUAUCAAUCUGUGCCUUCAGCUGUUCAGUCGAUACUCGCAGAGGGAUGCAGAACUUCUGCGCAAAGCGUAUCUGGUCUUUCAUCUUCAUUGCGUCGCCUUGCGCCAGUUCCGACGCAAGCCCCAGCUCCGUCCGAAUCAGAUUGUUCUUCACGACGUGGUAUUUGGCUACUUCUCUCGCAACCUCUAACUCGCCAACCACCACACGACUGCCGCGCGUGAUGCUUGACAAUUCACCUGCAGGCUCGCCCUUUUGUGGUCCCAUGAGAUAAAAAGCCACAUCACGCGCGGUCGUAAACAGUCCAGCAGCACCAUCGUUGCUGCGUCCUGUAUUGGAGGCCGAUGCUGAGUGGUUGCUUCGUGAAAUAAACUUCUGGAUCCAUGCACUAAAAGCCUGCGCCUGUCGCUGUUCGUCGCUAGGUAGCUCAAACUUCCUGCUAUCGGCCGAAUCUUUAGUGUGCUGCUGUUUUUUCGCUAAUCCUCCAUGUACUAGCGCUCGCGCUAUCCAUUUUUCGAACUUGAAACUCAUGCUGCGCCCAACUUCAUACGUAAAAAAUGGAAACUCAAUCGCCGCAUAUCCUGUGAGCGCUAUCUGUAGUGCUUCUUUGCUAUGCUGCUUAUCAUUGCGAAGCAUCUGGCACGCGUCUGGGUAUGCCUUGUAAAGCUCCUUCAGUGAUACUUCGGGCAUAUCUCUUGUCUCCACAAAACUAGUGUCGAAAUCUUCAUAGGAUGCAAACAUGUUCUCACUGGUGAUAAGGUGGCUCGUGUUGAUGUGCCUACUAUCCACGCCGCCAGAUCCAUCUUUGUCAACCUUGGUUUUCUGAGUGCCACACACGCCUGGCCGCGUCCUUCGACCGGUGAUCUCAAUCGCAACGUGAUCAGUUGGCCGCGCAAAUGAUUUAGCGGCACUCGUCUGUGCUUCUGCAUUACUAGCAUCCCCGUCAUGAUCCAGGUAGUAAAAAUCAGACGAUUUAGUAAUGGCUAUUCUUCUAGCGCCGGCGCCGUCCAAUCCCUUGCAUGCUACGAGAUCGAUCGUCGUGGGGGAAACUUUGCUACAGAAACAGGUGGGCCCAGCCAGUAGCAUAGGCCCUCCAAAGCAUUUAUUCACCCACAUCAAAAAAGGGAGCUGCACUAGUGACAUGAGGUUGUGUGCCGGUGGGAUACUAUCUCCAAGGAUGGUGGCAAUCCUUUCCGCAGGGUCCCUAAUACUAGCGUACUCAAAGUUCACAUCUGCGCACAGCACUACGGCGCCGGAUUCAGCUAUCACGUCCUCCGUGGUUUUCAUUAGGUCGGCCAUCUUUUGUUGUAUGGCAGCAGCAUGCUGCUGCGGCAUUUUAUUGCGGUCCCUGGGCCUAAUAUACACAGCUACUUGCGUCACGUCGUUUUUCAUGGAGACUGUCCACCAUAGUAGAUGUUCAUGGGGUUCUGUGCGAGUUCGCUGUAAGCCGCCAGUAGUUUCCUCAUCAUCUCGCACCUGGUCGUAAAAAGCGACGUCGUCCCAUGCUACAUCCGGCAGCCUACGCGCUUUAUCAGGGUCUUCUCGCCACGACGUGGCCGCGCCACCGGAAGAAGUGACCGAGAAUUUGUUACUAUGGGACACAGCCUGCACCACAUAGAACGCCUUGGAAAAUCCUCGACCUACUUCCAUGAUUCUGCUCGCUUCAGUUACCUUCUCUGCUAAUGUAUUAUUGUCAUCUUCACUAUCUACGUCAGCUUGUGUGUCUCUAUUUUCUGCUGUCAGCGAGUCAUGCGCCAACUGUUGUGAAAAAAUCUCCUCUACCGGGGCUUCUUCGCUCUUCAGUUCUUCCACUUUUAUUUCCUUCCUUUUCACCUCCACUAACAUUUCACCGUCAGGCCGUACAUCCCUAUAGUACCGCCGCAAAUGGCGCCGGUUACCAAUGCCAUUCAUGUUCCACCCUAAAAAUUUUACCAGAGUACCUUCCGCAAGCUCGCCUAUCUCCUCAGCCUCGCCUUCAUCAUCAUCGUGGUCUUCUUCUAGUCUGAAGAGCUGAGAUGGGUCGCGCUGCGGUCUACUAUCUCUCGUCGUGGGUGCUGCAUCCAAUUGCUGGAGCGCCGCUGGCUCACGUGAAGAUGUGCUACUAGUGCUGACCACUGGCGACAGCUUCUGAAUACUGUUUCCUUUCGCUGUGAACUCCGGGGAAGAUCCAAACUUCUUCUUACCCGACUUGGACAUCUGUUUGGCCUUAUUUGGUGCCGUGUCCUUGUUGCUUCUGGCAGCCUUAGACACUAGCCCCGAGCCGCGCUGCUUCGGUGCUGUUUCGUUUGUUGAUGUUGAUGCAGAGCUACUCUGGGAAGUAGAUGAUGCUAACUCCCGUUUGCGUCUCCGGCUCUCCAGGAUCCUUUCUCUAUCUCUUUGAUGAUAGUCUCGUUUCUGGUUUUCCAAGAUCUUUUCCCUAUUCUUUUUGUAGUAGUCCUUGUUUUUUAGUCGUUGCUUGGCGCUCAGCUUCUCCUUGUACUUCUGGUAGUAGGCCGCAUUUUGCUGCUUGUAUGCUUCUUUAUUUUUUUGGUAGUAUUUCUUCAUGCUUUUCUUCCUCAUUUGCUUGAUGACGUCGCCUCGCUUCUUAUGGUCUUCUAAUUUUUGCUGAAGGAUCUUGUCCUUGUUUUUCUGAUAGUAGAUUCUACAGCGCAUCAACCCCAGGUACUUGGCUUGGGUCUUCUUGUCCUGUGCAUCUUGUGGCAGCUCCGAAAAUUUGAGAUCUCGCCCGGCACAAAAAAGCCUUGCUUUUUCCAUCGUGUCGUUGUCUAUGGGGAGAGCAGCAACUUCUUCCAUCUUCGUGAUUUUCUUUCGCGAGGGUGGACGCACGCGCGUCUGCUUACGCGGUGCAACGUACUCGCUCUCGCUCAUGACUGACGACUCCCCUACAACUAGCAUCAGUGAGGGAGAGAAUCUUGGCUGUUCACACCCAGAAAGAUGUAGAGACCGAGGUAAAAGAUCUCGUGGGCUCUGGUAUUCCAUGAUUUCUGUCACUAGGAUUUACAUUUAUGUCUUAUGCCCGAAAAUGAAAAAUGUAUAUCCAUGGACGUCGAUGGACGAUGGUAAUGGAUUUUGACCGAUGCAGAUCACCCCCAAGUAUCUGUCUGAAGAUACAGGGAAAGAGUGGAUAUGCGCAGGAGAGUGCACUCUUCUUCAUGCAAGCAGUUCAACCGUGGCUCCUUUUCUUUCCUUUCCCGCCCCUCCUCCAACCGAAAAAAGAAAGUAGAGGCAAGCAAAAGAGGCAAGCUCAACUACUACAAGUGAAGUCCGCAGGAAACAAAAACUCUAGAAGCCUUUCUACUUAGAGGACUAUCCACAAGGUGUAACUCUUUAUAUAAUUCAUUGUUUUCUUCUAUAAAGAACAAGACUGAGGUCAAAAAUCGCGAUGAUAAAAGUCGGCUCCGGUCAGGCGGCGGAUUUGGAUGCGGUCGUAGUAGCUGAGCUAAAAAAGCAACUCGAAGAUGGCUGUCGGUUACGCAGUCACUGUGAAGUCGUGGACAGCGAGGCCAAGUGGGGGUAAUGACGAGGACGAGUAAGGCAACUUUAGUUGAGACGGCGUAAUAUGUUGUACAAGCUCGAUUCCUCGUUGUAAUGGUUGUGCAGAACAAGCCCUUCCAGUAAAGCAUUAUAUAUUGAUUCUAGGAAUUUUUUCGAGUGGUGGAAGGAGGCCUGCAGGAUCACGCUGACUGUCUCCAAUUCACCGACGAAGAAUCUGCUGAAUGCAAGCCGUCAGGCUCAGCGUGUUUUCUUCUUCUGUGCAUGGGCAAGAAGAGAGAACCAGUUUACAAAGUUGCAGAUCAUUCCGUAGAAGGGACAUCUACAGCCAGUAUAGGAGAAGGGAUGCUUGCAGCAGCGAAGGAGUGGGAGAUUAGGGAUUAUGAGGAAUGAGACAGAAAGAAUAUUACACUGUACUAGAUCUACAUCUAGAUGGAGAUGCUUUACAAAA